GGCGCUGGUGAGCUGUGCGGAGCUGGGCGGUGCCGAGGAGGAGGAGGAGGAGGUGGCGGCCGGGGUCUGACGCGGCCGGGUUCGUGGGGGGCCUCUCCUGUUUAUUUAUUUAUUUACCGGGAGAGAACGCCGAGCCGCCGCCGUCGCCGAGAAGCCCUUGUUCCCGCUGCGGGCUGCGAGAGAGGAGUCUGGAGCCGACAAGAUGGCGGACGGGGAGCUGAACGUGGACAGCCUCAUCACCCGCCUGCUGGAGGUACGAGGGUGUCGACCAGGAAAGAUUGUGCAGAUGACUGAAGCAGAAGUGCGGGGCCUGUGUAUCAAGUCUCGGGAGAUCUUCCUCAGCCAGCCUAUUCUUCUAGAAUUGGAGGCACCACUGAAAAUUUGUGGAGAUAUUCAUGGACAGUAUACAGAUUUACUGAGAUUAUUUGAAUAUGGAGGUUUCCCACCAGAAGCCAACUAUCUUUUCUUGGGAGAUUAUGUGGACAGAGGAAAACAGUCUUUGGAAACCAUUUGUUUGCUAUUGGCUUACAAAAUCAAAUAUCCAGAGAACUUCUUUCUCUUAAGAGGAAACCAUGAGUGUGCUAGCAUCAAUCGCAUUUAUGGAUUCUAUGAUGAAUGCAAACGGAGGUUUAAUAUUAAAUUGUGGAAGACCUUUACUGAUUGUUUCAACUGUCUGCCUAUAGCUGCCAUUGUGGAUGAGAAGAUCUUCUGUUGUCAUGGAGGACUGUCACCAGAUCUACAGUCGAUGGAACAGAUCCGGAGAAUCAUGAGACCCACUGAUGUCCCAGAUACAGGUUUACUCUGUGAUUUACUGUGGUCUGACCCAGACAAGGAUGUGCAAGGCUGGGGAGAAAAUGACCGUGGUGUGUCUUUUACCUUUGGAGCCGAUGUAGUCAGUAAAUUUCUGAAUCGUCAUGAUUUAGACUUGAUUUGUCGAGCGCAUCAGGUGGUGGAAGACGGAUAUGAAUUUUUUGCUAAGCGGCAGUUGGUAACUCUGUUUUCAGCCCCAAAUUACUGUGGCGAGUUUGAUAAUGCUGGUGGAAUGAUGAGUGUGGAUGAAACCUUGAUGUGUUCAUUUCAGAUAUUGAAACCAUCUGAAAAGAAAGCUAAAUACCAGUAUGGUGGACUGAAUUCUGGACGCCCUGUCACUCCACCUCGAACAGCGAAUCCACCGAAGAAAAGGUGAAGAAGGAAUUCUGUAAAGAAACCGUCAGAUUUGUUUAAGGACAUACUUCAUAAUAUAUAUAUAAGUGUGCACUGUAAAACCAUCCAGCCACUUGACACCCUUUAUGAUGUCACACCUUUAACUUAAGGAGACGGGUAAAGGAUCUUCAAUUUUUUUCUAAUAGAAAGAUGUGCUACACUGUAUUGUAUAUUCUGUUAUAAUAUUCAACAAAGUUAAAUCCAAAUUCGAAAUUAUCCAUUAAAGUUACAGCUUCACGUAUCACAAUUUUUAAAGUUGAAAAGCAUCCCAGUUAAACUAGAUGUGGUAAUUAAACCAGAUGAAAGCAUGAUGAUCCAUCUGUGUAAUGUGGUUUUAGUGUUGCUUGGUUGUUUAAUUAUUUGGGGGUUGUUUUGUUUUGUUUGUUUUUGCUAGAAUAAUGGCAAUUAAAAAAUUUUUCCCUAAACAUUUUUAAAAAGUGAAAUAUGGAAGAGCUUUAAAGACAUUCACCAACUGUUACUUUCUUUUGCUUAUCUACUUACAUACUGUUUGAUCUUAAGAGAAUUUAUUCCUUAUUACAUUAAAAAGGAAUUUUAGAAAUUGAUAGCUUUUUAAAAGUAUGCAGACUGUCCAGUUCAUUGAUUUUAAUGAAACAGUUUAGGCAAACUUUACAGCUGAUAGUGAAUAUUUUGCUUUAUACAGAAAUGGCCACUAAUUUGGAUUUGUGCACUCUAAUUUUUAACUUAUUGAUGCUCUAUUGUGCAGUAGCAUUUCAUUUAACUUUAAGGUAAGGCUCAUAUAGUAUUACCCAACUAGUUGGUAAUGUGAUUAUGUGGUACCUUGGCUUUAGGUUUUAAUUCGCACGAAACACAUUUUGGCAUGCUUAACUUUUUGGUAUCACCCUCACCUGCAUUGGUUUUGUUUUUUUUGGGGGGGGGGGAUUUUUGCUUUGUUGUUGUUGCUGGGUUUUGUUUUUAGAUCCACAGAACAAGAGAAUCCUUUUUUGACAAGCCUUGGAGAGCUGACACUGUCUCUUUUUUCCUCCCCUUAUCCGAAGGAUGUGCUUAGUUGAAUGCUGGUCAGUGGGACAUUCUGUCAACUAUGGGUAUUGGGUGCUUAACUGUCUAAUAUUGCCAUGUGAAUGUUGUAUACGAUUGUAAGGCUUAUGUCACUAAAGAUUUUUAUUCUGAUUUUUCAUAAUCAAAGUUCAUAUGAUAUUGUAUAGAUAAUGCUUUGUAGUGAACUAUAGUAGCAAUAAUUUCUGUAUGUGAUCAAGAGUUUAUUGCAGCAUUUUUUUUCCUGUUCUUUCUUUUUUUAAGGGUUAGCGUUAACAAGGCAAGGAGUAGAAAAGUCACCAUAAAGAUUUUAGAAGGAGAACGUACAGAACACAGAUUUGUGAUUGUUUGGAUGUGAUGCUAAAAGCUUUUACUGAGCAUUGUCAAAUUUGUAAGCUUCAUAGGGAUGGACAUCACAUUUAUAAUGCCCUUCUAUACGUGCUACCAUAGACGUGAAAUUCUUGACCUCAGUAUUGUCUUUGAAAAUGUUAAAUUGAAAAUUCUGUUGACUUACAGUUUAUGAAUUGGCACAUUGUAUUACUGCAAGAAAUAUUUUUCAGCACAGUGCAAAGGUUCCUUAAACUGCAUAUGUCUUUUUUCUUUUCUAAUUCCAUUUUGUUUUAAAGCACAUUUUAAAUGUAGUUUUCUCAUUUAGUAAAAGUUGUCUAAUUGAUAUGAA